AUUUCUAACAUCUCAACCUCCUUCGCAUUAACAUGCAGACAUCUAACUCAAACGUCGAUUCACCACCGAUCUCAGCUAGCAUUGGGGAGCUGCAGCAACCUUCCAACACUUCGUCCGGGGGAUCUUCAUCGCGUAUCCCGCGCCUGCCAACAGAAAUUCUCUCGGAAAUUUUCCUCCACAGUCUGUCCGAUGACUUGCCCUUUUUUCCCACACAAAGGCUAGCUCCCCUGAUAUUCACAAGAAUAUGUCGACAAUGGAGGGAGGUUGCUCUUGGCUUGCCAUGGUUAUGGACCCAGCCUCGGUUGAUCGUGGAUGAUGGCUUUCGGAAGAGAGCUUCUGCCUACGACCUCUGGCUCAAGCGAUCGAGAGGAUGUCCUCUCUCGUUGAAACUCGAAUGUUACACUGACUUGAGCGAGGCGCGAAGCCUACUCCAGCCAUACAUCCAGCAAAUCUCGUCUCUGGAGCUUAAUUUUUGGAUCUGCAGAGGCCCAUUCAUGAUGGAAGACUUCCACGGACUCGAGGAGCUCAUCAUACGCAAGUAUGGUUACGAUUCAAAGCGAGCCAUCGAGCGCUCUAUCUCGAAAUUGCCGGUCAACCUUCGCAAGAUGGAUAUAUCGGAUCUGUGGGUCAGCUGCAAGCAAUUAGACCUCGUCGCUGAUUCCGGGUGGGCCCAUCUCACGCAUCUCGAGGUCAGAGUGGACGGACUAGAUACAUUCCCCCGCAUACUCCGCCUGUGUCCCAACCUCUCUUCCCUGGCGAUCCUCGGCAUAUUUCACCCGAUCAGGAAUCAAGAACCAGUCACGCACACCAACCUCCAGUGCUUAUACAUAUGUGGGAACUUGUAUCCGAACUCGGGCAGGGAACUUCGUCUAUUCAAGGUUCUUACACUUCCGAACCUUCGUGUGCUCCAAGCCGCCCGGAUGGGAAAUUGGCCGCAGAAGGAGUUUCAAGCGUUUUUGACGAGGUCGAAAUGUUCCCUGGAGGACCUUGUUUUAUGCGGAGUGUCCUUGACAGAUCAGCAGCGAGAGGAAUAUGCUGCUCUUGUUCUUGCUUUGAAAUAAUAGAAGUUUAGAGGCUACGUUGCUACUUGGACAGAUAUUCGUUGGCUACCUAUUUUACGAAGUGAUGACAUUGGUUUAUACUUACUUAUACCCUUACGAGCGAUAGACACUAUGUAGAUACAAAGAGGACUUUCGACCUUAUCUUCAAUCGAGAGUUAUUCGUCGCCGCAAGGAUGGCCCAGGUGAAGGGCGAGAGAAAUUCCAGUGCUUUCCAAUCG